GACUGUCAUAUUGCUAAUUUAUUUAAAGUUUGUUUUGUGGAACGCCAAAGUCUUCCUUUAAACAGCGCUUGUUUUUAUUAUUCAUGAACUGUUUAAAGUUGUAAUGGGAAAAGGUGGUGCAGCUGCUCCUAAAGGUGCUAAAGGUAAUGCAAGUGCUCCUAAAGGAAAAGUUGAAAAAGGAGGAAAAAAUGAGGCUGCAGAUGGUAAAGAUAAAGCUGCUAAAAAGUCAACAGGAGGAACCUCUGUUAAGGUGCGUCAUAUCCUGUGUGAAAAACAAGGAAAGUGUAUGGAAGCAAUGGCACUUUUGAAAGCUGGUAAACGAUUUAGUGAUGUUGCUACACAAUAUAGUGAAGACAAAGCAAGGUCUGGGGGAGAUUUAGGAUGGAUGGUUAGAGGUUCAAUGGUUGGUCCUUUCCAAGAUGCAGCUUUUGCACUUCAACCCAGCACAGUAGAUAAUCCAAUAUACACAGAUCCUCCAGUGAAAACAAAUUUUGGUUAUCAUAUUAUAAUGAUAGAAGGAAAAAAAUAAAAUAUUUUUUAAUUUUUCUUGUAAAUAUAUAAAUACCUGCUACA